GCAAGAGGAGGCAUUUGAACCUCAGACACUUCAUCUUCGCAAGGGACCAAAGCCAACCAGACCCCAUCACUAUGGCUUGCUGUGUCGCCCGCUGCUGCAGCGUCCCCACCGGCCCUGCCACCACCAUCUGCUCCUCAGACAAGUCCUGCCGCUGUGGGGUCUGCCUGCCCAGCACCUGCCCACAUACCAUUUGGCAACUGGAGCCCACCUGCUGUGACAACUGCCCCCCACCCUGCCACAUCCCUCAGCCCUGUGUGCCCACCUGCUUCCUGCUCAACUCCUGCCACCCAACCCCAGACCUGCUGACUGUCAACCUCACCACCUAUGUGCAGCCUGGCUGUGAGGAGCCCUGCAUCCCAAGGUGCUGCUGACCUGUGGCUCCCUUGCUUGGUGCCUGCCUUUGGAAGAUACAUCCCAGAAGCUCUGGCACUUACCUGGCAGAACCUGCAGUUACUUUACUCUGAUUUAGAAGAAGGA